CUCACGGUGUUGCUGGUCACUUGAUAAGUAUGGGCAGGCCGUCGUGGCGCCCCAAGGCUGUUUUCACUUCUGUCGAGUUUGCAUUUCCUGAUAACUCAAUCCAUCUCUUCCUUUUCCCGUCUUUUGUGUUGUUUCCUAGUUUGGGUUGCUGAUAUCCAGAGAGCAUGCGCUACUCGCAACAAUGAUUUGUUCUACCUCAUCCAUCUCCACGAUACUCUUGUACCUAGCGGUACAGGCGCGACAAGUACGAGCCGACCCAAAUGCGCCGUGUUACUUUCCAGGCGGCGAGUUCGCACCAGGCUACUUUGCUUGCCAGGCCUUCAACGCUCCCGUCUCUUCGUGCUGUCCGGCAGGGUGGACAUGUUUCAGCAAUGCACUCUGCAUCGCGACGACAGAAAGCAACUCAUUUCCCAACUUGACUCUAGGCGCGGUGCAACGAGGAGCUUGUACGAAUCCUCAAUGGAAUAACAAUAUCUGUGGGAGUGCUUGUCUCGAUAGCGAAAACCGCAAAGGCGGGUUGGCAGCUUGUGGAAACGACCGAUUCUGCUGCGCGGGAGACUUCAACGAAGGGAAAUGCGACUGUUCCUCGAACAAUAAGGAUAGCGGUGCAUUCACCAUCAGCGCCGGCCUGGCGCAAACCAUCAUCCAAGUGUCUGACACGACCUUCACCGGAAGUCCAUCGCUGAACAUUGCGUCCACGAGGGCUAGCACCGUAAAGGCGUCAGCCACAGGAACAGGAACUAUAACCACCCAGACCGCAUCAACCUCCGGCUCUGUGACCUCAUCCCCGAAAUCAACCAGCGGCCAAACCUCCUCAUCAGCGCCGACCACAACGCCAGCAGCUCCACCCGUUGCAAGUUCCAAGGGAGACGACGACAGCGACUCCGGCUCUAGUAGCAGCAGCAACGGUCUCAAGAUUGGGUUGGGUGUUGGUAUCCCGAUCGCUGUCUUAGCUGUUGCGGGAGCGUUGGCUUAUUUCCUCUGGUGGAAGCCGAGGCAGAUUGAGCGGUCCCGUCGCAUUUCGCAGCAUGAUCAUUACUUCCAGUCGACGGACCUGGCGGAGAAUGAUCCCCAUGGGCCUGCUAAGUAUGAGCCGUAUAGGCAGGCGGCUACGUGAUGAUGGUUGGGUGAGGGUUGUGUGCUGUGCGGUUUCGAAACCAGGGGAGAAUGGACGUCUGCUUUUUGAGGGUAGUGAUUAUUAGGAGGAGAGUCGUAAUGCGAAUAUACUCUUUAUUUUUGCUAGGACUUGAUUCGGUCAUCGUGCAAUGUAGUUCCUGAAGAUAUGUCAACGCACAUUAUUUGGUAUUUU